AUGCGUGCUCUCCUCCAGCCCAGCAGCCAGGAAACCCGCCUCAUCCAAACCACUCUGGGUACCCCAGUCCCAGACCUCAACGCCAAUGAGCACCUGAUUCGCGUCCACUGCGUCUCCCCCUGCGCAAACGAACUCAACUGGCUCAAAUACUUCGCCCCGCCGAAGCCCCGGACUCAAAUCCCCUGCUACGACAUCGCCGGCACAGUCGUCAAAUCGCCCGCCCAUUCCCCUUUCUCUGUCGGAGAUGAGGUUUACGCUCGCACAAACUAUCUCGACCCGACACUCAGCUGGGCGGAGUCGACUGCUGUCCCGCUUUCCGCGCAGACGGCUUGGCAGGCGUUAUUCGUCCAGAGCGGAAUUGGGGACUUUGGCAGUGACGGGUGGAAGGGAAAGAGGGUUCUGGUGACGGCUGCUUCUGGGGGAGUGGGGAUCUGGGUUACCCAGAUUGCGAGGCUGGUUGGUGCAACGGUGGUCGGGACGUGCGGAUCGAGGAAUGUGGACUUUGUGAAGGGAUUGGGGGCAAGUGAGGUCAUUGAUUAUCGCAAGACCGAUUUGCGGGCGUGGGCACAGGAGCCGGGGAGCCCGGUUGACGUGGUGGUUGAUUGUGUUGGGGGCAAGUCCCUGGCGGAUGCGUGGUGGUGUGUGAAGGAUGGGGGUGUUGUGGUUAGCAUCUUCCAACCUCCAGAGCAGGUUCGACCGGAGGGGUUGGAGGAGAAGCGUGUGAAGAGUUUGUUCUUUAUCAUGGAGCCAAAGAGGGAGCAUCUUGAGGCUAUUACGAAGCUUGUUGAGGCCGGGAAGUGCCGGCCAGCUGUGGAUAGUAUUUGGCCUUUGGAGCUUUUUGAGGAGGCUUUUGCGAGGUUGGAUGGGGGACAUGCUAGGGGGAAGAUCAUUUUGGAUUUGACUCUUAAUCAGUGA